AUGGGAGACACCAUCGCCGCCACACUCGGGCUCCAGGGUCUGCCCCCCCCCCCACCCACCCCCGUGCUCCAGACCCCUGCAGGCCUGCCCACCGGCCACGAGGCAGGCCAAGGGCUCAGCCACUGCCGGGGCGAUCUUUGCUGCCACCCAGUGGCUGUCAGGGGCAGCGCAGGUGGAGCCACAGGCCGCCGCAGGAAAGCCCCGCCGCAGGGCGCGGGACCAAGGGCCUCCAGGAGCCAACCGGCAUCCUGGACCGUGCACCCCGGAGGCCCAGCCAGAGGGCAGCUGGGAGCCAAGGGGCACACGCAGCUGCUUCCCGGGCCCCGGGCCCCUGCCCACGCUAUCAGGAGAAUGAGUUUUAUCCGUGUUGGGACACCCGGCCCAGAACCCGUCCCCCCGCCUCCCCGGGGGUCUCUUUCUCUCCCUGGGAAGGCCCUGCUGUAA